AUCACUACACAUCAUUGUUGAGGUAUCUUAAUGCGCAGGUCCAGUUGACAAAACGGCAAAAUAACAGGGAUUUACAUAAAUAAUGCUGUACCAGCUGGCUUCAUGAGGUGUGUUAUAUGUUGUAUGUUGGAGCUCUGGGAUGCUGCUGCUCAGCUGAUUGACCGCUGAGUGCUGCGUUUCGGUGCGCUCUCCGCUGCGCUGCUGCUGCUGCUGCUGCAGGGGGAGCGUCCGUCCACAGCCUGCAGUGCUGCGAUGUGCGGCCGCUUUACUUGUCUCCUGGCUUCUCUGUUUCUCCACAUCUAAUCCCAUUUACAGGACCACUAAGGACCGGAGUCAUUGAGAGGAGCAACCUACAUGCAGGCGGGUGGUGAAACAGCUUAGACUGUGCGUCUUUGAAACUGAGAUGGGGAAGACACUAACACAUUUCUGUGACUAUCUACACAGUCUCUGGAGAUGCAGAUGUCUUCAGAGGAUGCCUUUUCACUGAUGGGAUAAAGGCUGUUAAUUACGGAUGACACAUCAAAGCUCCCAAGCAUGGCACAAACCCAGUGACACCAGCACAAGCUCAAACAAGUGAGAGGGUGAGAGCAGCAUGUCAGCUUAGAUGAUUUUAGGAUGCGUUCACUAAGAAAGACCGUGUUGCUGGCCGUCCUGGUGUCUGUGGUAUUGGUACUGGCCUUACUGCAUUCUUGGCCUACCCGGGCUUACACUACAGUGGAUGUGUGGCAGCGACCAGGGCUGAUAGAAAAACAUCUGGAGGAGAGGCUACCAGAACUAGACCACCGAUUAGACCACAUCCCCUUUCAUGUUAGGGAAAGCGUGGCCAGCUUGCUGGCACGUAAUGGGUGUGUAUGUGAGGGUGAGAGCGGAGGAGUAAACCUGCCCUUCGCCCAACUUUUAUUCCCAAGGGUGUCAGCACACCCGCUGCACACUGCCUUUGAGGCCUCUGAGCUGGAGGAGAUGAAGAGGAGAAGGGCCAAAGAGUAUAAAAGUUUCCAGAAAAGGUCACAGACACCUGCAGAUGUUCUUGUUAUUGCAGAGGCUAACAAUCCCUUACAAUAUCCAACGCAGGGGGUGGAUGUACGACCCCUGAGAACAAUCAUCAUCCCAGGUUUGGCCUUACAUGACCUUCCCAGAGACCACUACUCAAUAAACAUCACUGCCACGCUGGGAACACUGAAUGUGGCUGCAGAGGUGGAUGGGGUAAAAAUCAAAGGUGAUGGUGAGAUGCACAUGACUUUGUCGAGCAUCCUCCUGCAGAACCUGAACCGACAGCUUCAGUUUGUCACAUACACAAACACGUUGUUCCACCCGAACACCGCAGACACAGUGCAGUUUGAGACAGAGGGGCAUCAAGCUGUCUUCACGAUCAAGAUCCGUCAUGGUGCAACACCCAAACUAUAUAACACUGGAUCUAAAGGAGAGUACAAUGUCAGUGCUCUCGUUACCAUAGCUACAAAAACCUUUCUGCGCUACAAUAAGCUGCAAGAUCUGAUCGACAGCGUGAGAAGAUACUAUCCUACUGUCACCAUAGUUAUCGCUGAUGACAGCGAAAAUCCCAAAACCAUCUCUGGGCCUUACAUUGAACAUUACAUUAUGCCUUUUGGGAAGGGUUGGUUUGCAGGUCGAAACCUGGCUGUCUCUCAAGUGACAACGAAGUACGUGCUGUGGGUGGAUGAUGACUUCAUCUUCACAGCCAACACCAAGCUGGAGAAACUGGUGGAUGUUUUAGAGAGAACAACUCUGGACCUGGUGGGUGGUGCGGUAAGGGAGGCCACAGGUUAUACAGCCACCUACAGACAGACUAUCUCCAUCGAGCCAGGGGAGGAGGACGGAGACUGUUUACACAUGAGGAGAGGGUUUCAUCAUGUCAUCCAAGGCUUCCCAAACUGUGUGGUCACUGAUGGGGUCAUCAACUUCUUCCUUGCUCGCACAGACAAAGUGCAGCAGGUUGGCUUUGACCCACGUCUGGCCAGGGUGGCGCACCUAGAGUUUUUCAUCGAUGGCCUGGGAUCCCUGCACGUCGGCUCCUGCGAUGAUGUCAUUGUCAAUCAUGCAACCAAAAUCAAACUUCCCUGGGUCAGCCAAUCAGAGAGCGACAAAACUUAUGCCAAGUUCCGCUACCCGCCGGCCUCCUCCGACGCCACACACACGAAAAAUGGCCUCUUGUUCUUCAAGAACCGAUUCCAGUGUUUGACUCAUAACUAGUCCCUGUUGUUUUUAUCCUGAGGGUUCCUCUGCUCUUCCUUAGUUGCCAAAGAUGUUCUCCUCCACUGCGUCUCAUCAGAUAAGAUUUCAGACAAAUGUUUUGGUGGGUCUUUUUCCUGAAAAACAGACAAGAGAUUUCUGGCAUAUAUUACCUUCUACAUUUCAGAAGUCAGAUAUGAAAGUUCAGUCUCUUGCUGAGUGGAAACAUAUCCUCUUGUUUACACAGGCCCAGUUCAAUACUCCCUCCUUCUUUAUGGAUUUAAGAUUAUGAGGAGAAUUUUCUUUUGUCUGUCAAAUCUUAUCUGGCUGUACAUCCUAGAGUUGACAGGCUUUGGGGAAAAAAUGGUAGCAUCUUUACAGUCAGAAUCACUUCAUUGUCAUUCUAUGCUGACGUGAGAAGAGGUACGCGUGUCCUUCAAUUUGCACUAUCCAACCAGAACAGGCUUGGGAAAAGCAAUAGUGACAUCAGAGCGCCUGCAGACGAUGACUCAGCCUUAGUGAGGACAAAAGGGACUUAAACCUGAAAGUGACAAUCCUGUACACACAGAGCAAAGGUAUCCUCCUUACCAAUGCCACAUGAAGAACGCACUCAGAACUUUUCCACCUGUGGUACCCGCGCUCUUUGUGCCAAAGGUUUGGCUGCAGGUUUUGGGGUGUUUAAUCCUAUUUGUUACCUUGUUCUUCUGCCAACCCAUGUUUUUUUUUUUUUAAAUCCCAGAGUCCUCAGAGUCGUUUGAAAUCUGUUUGUUUUUAUCCCCUGCUGUUUCCCUGAAGACGAGAGGUGUUUCUGUCCCGCAUAGCUGACAAGAAACGAUUUAAGUGAUACAUGCUGCCUAAAAGAGAAGUCGAAUGAACCAAAGUGCAUGAUUAUUUUUCCUCAUUAUGAGAGAAAAAGAGGAACAGAAAUUUAAUGAGAAGAGGAUGAUGGACUCACACCCAAAAAGUCAAAGCAUGGAAGAAAACACUGAGAGAACAGGUGAUGAGACGAUGCCCUUUCUGUUCUCUUCUCUGCAGAGAGCUUAUGUACGUCAAAGACUGAAACACUUACGCCUGAAGUGAUGAUGCUGUUCUUUUAUACCAUGGCCUUUAGAUGGCGCCCUUGUAUCCCUCUGUUGUAUUAUUUGUUGUUCGCAAAGAGGUGCCAGAUUUAUCUUCAGAUGUUUUCUUAAAUCUUAAGAGAGAUAUUUUAAAGCUAUUUUGUGCAAGGUUUCUGUCAUGGAUUUUCAUGGAUUUUUUUCUUCUCUUUUUCCGUUUUUUUUUUUUUUUUUUUUUUUUGUGCACCAAAAUGCAGCAUCAGCUCUGUCUGUGGACAGGAGUCACAACCAAACGUAAUCAUUGACACCCAAAUGAAAUGCUUUUGUGUAGUCGUGUGUUUAAAAUCCAUCUCAUGUUAGGGUUUGUAACAAUCGACAGAUCUGUAGCUGAGCUGAAACCCGUUUUUAUUUUAAAGAGAAAAUACAGCAUUGACAUGUAUUGUACCACACUGAAAAUUUACUUGCCUGCUUCACUCAAAAUGCACCACUGUAUGUCAUUCAAUCACAGCAUUUUUUAAUUUAUUUAUUUACAGUGUUGACAAAUAAAAAUGUAUGUGCAAAAAUC